UCAGUUGUCAAUGUUGUUCGUUUUGUGGAAGAUGUGAUCUCAGUGAUUUGUUGUCUUAAUUCUUUAAAGUAAUUAAUUUUUAAUAAAUCUUAAGUUGUUUCUUUAGUAAAACUAUAGUAUAGACAUAUUAUAGCACCCAAUUAUAAGAAAUUGAUUUGACCACAAUACGUAAUAUCAUUUUCCUUGAUAUUUGAAUCCUGAUUAGUAAUUAAAUUGUACAAACACCUACUCUUAUGAGUCUCGUUAUCGGUGUUGUUAGGUUAACUUUAGCUAAUUAAGUUGACUUGUUUUUGUCCAAUAAGAAUAGUCAUAAAACUCGCCAUGCUCUCCGACUCCACCCCAAGGGUGCUUUCAAUUCAGAGCCAUGUUGUGCAUGGUUAUGUUGGAAACAAAAGUGCUGCAUUUCCAUUGCAAGUUUUGGGAUUUGAAGUUGACUCAAUAAAUACAGUUCAGUUUUCAACCCACACUGCUUAUAAACACAUCAAAGGGAAUGUAUUGAAGAAUGAAGAGAUGGAAGAACUAGUGCAAGGUCUAAUGUUGAAUGAAGUUGACUACUACACACAUUUCUUAACUGGCUAUUCAAGAUCUCCGGACUCUUUAAAACAAAUAGCAGGAAUAAUUAAAAAACUAAGAGAGAAAAAUCCUAAUCUUAUUUAUGUAUGUGAUCCGGUGAUGGGAGACAAUGGGAAGAUGUAUGUGCCAGAAGACAUUCUCCCAGUAUACAGAGAUGUGGUGGUACCACUAGCUGAUAUCAUAACGCCGAAUCAAUUCGAGGCUGAACUGAUAACUGGCAUGAAGGUCAAUGACCUGAAUGACGCUUUGAAAGUGAUACGUGCCCUUCACGACAAGGGCAUUAAGACUGUCGUGUUAUCGAGUACGGAAUUAGGAGAUGAGAACAAUAUGAUCGGUAUUGCAAGUACUCAAGGUUCAUGCUACAAGAUCGAGAUACCCCGCGUUGACGCGACCUACACGGGCACGGGGGAUCUGUUCGCGGCGCUGUUCCUGGCCUGGGCGCACAGGACACAUAACGACAUCAAACUGACACUGGAGAAGACCAUCGCCACGCUGCAGGCUAUCGUCAAAGAUACAUACGACAAGGCGAGAGAGAAACAACCAACAGGCAAAAUACCACCAGCGCUUAUAGAACUGCGACUUAUACAGAACAAGGCGGUUAUUGAAGACCCAGUUAUCACUAUGACGGCUGUACAGAUUGCCUAAAUGUUGUUUUUAUUUCAUUGUUAAUUGCAAAUUUAGUGCAAUGUAAUUUUACAUUAUUAUUGAACAUAAGCAUAAUAUAUUUCGUUUUGACGACUAGCUUUGGGCAUUAUAAUGCUUAAGCAUUAGGAGAAAUUGUACCUUGUAAACAAGCGUAAAUAUAAAAUUUAUUAAAAAUAAUUAUUUAUUGCUUAAUUUUUUGACUUGUGGCUAUCCUGUUGUGGUAUUAGUUACAUGUUUUUUAUGUUCUAGUAAUUAGUGACUUAAAUAUAUAAAA